AUGCUGCUUUUGCUGAGUUCUGAGCUGUGGCUUCUGGGAUACGUCAGUAGCGCAAGUUUACGGCUCGGAAGCGGUAAAGAUCUCUUAGCCUGCAGUCCCAACUUUUGGGUCUUCUCAAGAAUAUUGGGAGAUCCCUGUGGCAUCAGGCCAAAGGCCUGUUUUAGUCCUACCACUGUGAGAACAGGAUGCAGGAAUAGAUGGACCACUGACAUAAGAAAAUUAAGAAGAGUCUGCCAAUAGCCCAUCUAGUCUAGUAUCCUGCUCUCUCAGUCACCAUCCAGGUGCCUGAUGGGAAACCCAUAAGCAAGAUUCGAGCCCCAGAGCCCCAUCCCUUACUGUAGUUUCUGGCUACUCGGGGAGUUAGAAACACGUUGAGGCAGAGCAUAGCCAUCAUGGUUCAUACCCAUCAGUAAUAAUAAUAAUAAUUUAUUAUUUAUACCGCCCAACUAGCUGGGUUUCUCCAGCCAUUCUGGGCGGCUCCCAACGGAAUCUUAAAAUACAAUAACCUAUUAAACAUUAAAAGCGUCCCUAAACAGGGCUACCUUCAGAUGUCUUCUAAAAAUCUGGUAGUUGUUUUUCUCUCUGACAUCUGGUGGGAGGGCGUUCCAGAGGGCGGGUGCCACUACCGAGAAGGCCCUCUGCCUGGUUCCCUGUAACUUGGCUUCUCUCAGUGAGGGAACCGCCAGAAGGCCCUCGGCGCUGGACCUGAGUGUCCGGGUAGUACGAUGGGGGUGGAGACGCUCCUUCAGGUAUACUGGGCCAAGGCCAUUUAGGGCUUUAAAGGUCAGCACCAACACUUUGAAUUGUGCUCGGAAACGUACUGGGAGCCAGUGUACGUCUUUCAAUACCAGUGUUAUAUGGUCUCAGCGGCCGCUCCCAGUUACCAGUCUAGCUGCCACAUUCUGGAUUAGUUGUAGUUUCCAGGUCACCUUCAAAGGUAGCCCCACAUAGAGCGCAUUGCCGUAGUCCAAGCGAGAGAUAACUAGAGCAUGCACCACUCUGGCGAGACAGUCUGCGGGCAGGUAGGGUCUCAGCCUGUGUACCAGAUGGAGCUGAUAAACAGCUGCCAUGGACACAGAAUUGAACUGCGCCUCCAUGGACAGUUGUGAGUCCAAAAUGACUCCCAGGCUGCGCACCUGGUCCUUCAGGGGCACAGUUACCCCAUUCAGGACCAGGGAGUCCUCCACACCCGCCCACCUCCUGUCCCCCAAAACAGUACUUCUGUCUUGUCAGGAUUCAACCUCAAUCUGUUAGCCACCGUCCAUCCUCCAACCGCCUCCAGGCAUUCACACAGGACCUUCACCGCCUUCACUGGUUCUGAUUUAAAAGAGAGGUAGAGCUGGGUGUCAUCUGCAUACUGAUGAACCCCCAGACCAAACCCCCCUGACAGUAGUCUUGUCCUCCAUGAAUCUGUCCAGUUGUCAGGGACUGGCUGGAUGAGGAAGAGUGGUGGGAGCCCCCUCCCCAAGAGCCCCCCAAGGAGGGCACAGAAGACGGCAACUUAGAUCCCAGUUCCUGGUGGUGGGUGUGAUAGGAAUUUUGAGAUCUUAGAUAUAUGUUAAAUGUUCAUAAGUGUACCAACCAAGCACAUACAUAGAUCAGCACAGGAAGACCAACCUGGAACCAUUUUUGAUUCCCAAACUGACCAAAUGUUUUCUCUGCAAGGUCAAAGGAAAAUGGAAAAGCCUCCCUAUUGUCUUUUCCUUCACAAAUGUGUCUUAAGGGCACAUUUAUGAUAUGAAUAGGGCGUGAGCCUGUAGCCUGGCUCAGGAACUAAGUACUUAUCAUUACAAAAGACUGGCCAGGCUCCCCAGGCAAUCCAAUCAAGUGACCAUUAAACAGGUAACCUGCCAGACAGGAGGUAAACAAAGCACUCAGAUUUCUGCUGUAGACCACCCUUUCUGUGAUGUAGGUAUGAUGUGUCUGGAGGUGGUCUUGGACUCCAGGGCGGGCAAUUUAAAAUGUCUAUAUAAGGAUGGGCACACCUUGGUUCUGGGUCCCUCCUCCUUUCCUGCGUGUGAGGGGAGCACCCUGUUGCAACAGAUCAAUAAAGAUCAGGCUUUCUAGCUGCUUUGCUUCUCAAUAUUCUCUGGUUGGCCUCUGUUAUUUUCUCCUGCCAAUAAGGAACCUACGUAACUACUCUGUAUGGGCUCUUGGAUACCCCAUAAGGGGGGAAAGGGCAGAUUUAUUUGUUUACAACAUGGGACACGGAAGAGCAGUCUGGAGAAGGGACAAGCUGGGAGGUGCUAGAAGCUGGGAGUGGGUUGAGUGAUCAUGGUUGGUGGGGGGUCAGGAGAAGGUGGGCCUUCCAGGACAGGGUUUGAGGCUGAGAGUCACAGUGUGAGCGCAGACUCAGUCAGAGGGGAGUCAGAGGUUCCCUUGCUACCCAGCAGCAGGGCAGUCUCGGUCCUGCUGGCUCGCCUCCCCCUCUGAAACCCCCAAUCGAGGAGAGUCGUUCACAUGGCUAAACAACUGGCCAGUCAGGUCCAGACACAGUCUUCGUCUGCUUGGGAAGGGAUCCACAGAGAGAGGCAAGAGAGGGAAGGGCAGAGCUUGUGAUUAGUUUCAGUACAUCUUUUGUUAAAAAAAGAAAAAAAAUACACUUUUCAGACUCAUACAUUUCAUAAAUUUUACAAACAUUUUAACAUUUCAAAGCUUGACUUCCUUCUCCCCUCUUUCUGUGGUUCCUUAAAUUUACAUAUUUUUAAUAUCUUCUGCAUAUCCAAAUUCAUUUACAGUGGUACUUCUGGUUACGUACUUAAUUCGUUCCAGAGGUCCGUUCUUAACCUGAAACUGUUCUUAACCUGAAGCACCACUUUAGCUAAUGGGGCCUCCCGCUGCCGACGUGCCGCUGCUUAUGCAAUUUCUGUUCUCAUCCUGAAGCAAAGUUCUUAACCAGAGGUACUAUUUCUGGGUUAGCGGAGUCUGUAACCUGAAGCGUAUGUAACCCGAGGUACCAUUGUAAUUUGCUCAAUUAAUUUUCUCCUUUAAAUAUAUACUCUUAUGAAACUGCAGGUUAUUACAAUAAUCCUGCCAAUGUUCUUAUCCGUAAAUAUUCAAUAAACCAUUUCCAUUCUUUUAUAAAAAGUUUGUUGUCUUGAUUUCUUAUUCUUCCGGUAAGUUUUGCCAUUUCUGUAUAUUCCAUAAGUUUUUGUAUCCAUUCUUCCUUUGCUGGGACUUCUGCUUCUUUCCACUUCGGGGCAAGUAACAUUCUUGCUGCUGUAGUAGCAUGCAUGAAUAAAUUUCUAUACAAUUUAGGUAGUUCUGUCCCUAUAAUUCCCAAAAGAAAAGCUUCUGGGGUUGUUUUUUUAAAAAUACAGUGGUACCUUGGGUUAGAUAUGCUUCAGGUUACAUACACUUCAGGUUACAGACUCCGCUAACUCAGAAAUAGUACCUCAGGUUAAGAACUUUGCUUCAGGAUGAGAUCAGAAAUUGGGCUCCAGCAGCGCAGUGGCAGCAGGAGGCCCCAUUAGCUAAAGUGGUGCUUCAGGUUAAGAACAGUUUCAGGUUAAGAACAGACCUCCAGAAUGAAUUAAGUUCUUAACCCAAGGUACCACUGUAAAAGUUAUUUUGAACAUCCUUUUCCAUUCAUUGUAUACAACAUUUUAUGUGUUUAAUACAGUGGUACCUCAGGUUACAUACAUUUCAGGUUACAUAUGCUUCAGGUUACACACUCCGCUAACCCAGAAAUAGUGCUUCAGGUUAAGAACUUUGCUUCAGGAUGAGAACAGAAAUCGUGCUCCGGCAGUGCGGUGGCAGCGGGAGGCCCCAUUAGCUAAAGUGGUGCUUCAGGUUAAGAACAGUUUCAGGUUAAGAAUGGACCUCCGGAACGAAUUAAGUACUUAACCUGAGGUACCGCUGUAUGCCUAUAUGUUUUAGAGAUGGAUUUUUUCUGGCUGAAUGAAUGAAUGAAAGCCAUCUAGGUUGCCUUUGUAUCUUCUUAUGUUCUCAGUUGUCCUCAUCUUGCCGUCCACAGAGGCAGCCAACUUCCACUGGAACCCCUGGCAGCCAUGGGUGUGCAUGUGUGACUUACACAAGCAGGCCAGGAUCCGGCACUUUGUCGUGUGGGCCAUGAACAUCACGCUGGACCUCAAGGCCUCCGAGUUUUGGCAAGAGAAGCCCUGCAACCUGGACGACUGCGUCACGUGCUCGGCGGUCGAAUGUCCGGGCAGUGGCGAGCGGUCCGGCUUCGUCCCGCAGUUCCGGGGCCUCUCUUCCCCCAAGCCCCACGAGGUGGAAAUUCCUCUCCCUGUCCAUUUGGAAUUCCCUUCCUACGACAGCCUCCCCGUCGUCGACGACACCGGAGAAAACGGGCAGUCGUAA